GGCGAAUGAAUCGCCGCGGCGCCGUUACAUAUUUUUUAUGUGACAGAGCAUAUAAAAGAUAACGCUGUAUGGGGUAUCACCUCCGUCGCCUUUCCCGUUGGAAAAUGUAACUGCCACUCUGACACUAUGUUUCUGAUGUCAUUGAUGUCAAACGUAAAUUUGACAUUCGAUCGUAUACAAUUAACGUGUACACUUUCGACGUUGAUAUUUCGAUAUUUGGAAUGUUUUAAUGAUUAAUAUCCAUUAAUAAUGGUUGAUGAAGGCACUAAGAGGACUUUGAGCAGCAUCCCUUUACUGCAGACUAAAGCAGGACCCAGGGACAAGGAGCUAUGGGUGAACAGAUUAAAAGAAGAGUACCAAGCGCUCAUAAAGUACGUACAGAACAACAAGUCUGCUGAUAAUGACUGGUUCCGUCUCGAGUCUGACAAAACCGGGACCAGAUGGUUCGGCAAAUGCUGGUUUGUUCAUAACCUCCUGAAGUAUGAGUUUGACCUUGAGUUUGACAUACCGAUAACAUAUCCAAAGACCGCACCAGAAAUAGCCCUGCCCGGUCUUGACGGUAAGACAGCGAAGAUGUACCGAGGUGGCAAGAUAUGCCUCACUGAUCAUUUCAAGCCGUUGUGGGCGAGGAACGUGCCGAGGUUUGGGAUUGCCCAUGCCAUGGCUCUUGGGCUGGGUCCCUGGCUGGCGGUGGAAAUACCGGAGAUGAUCGAGAAAGGCGUUGUCACGUACAAAGAGAAGACUGAGGAAGCGAAAUGAACAAAUUGAACAUUGUAUAUAAAAUUAUAUGUAAAUAAAAUUAUUGUAUAUAUUUGUA